AUGGACGAAGUUAAUCUAGAGCACGUAAAAGAUCUCGUUGUAAAGCAAAGAAAAACACACUCUGAAGUAAGCUUGAUAUUACAAGAAGCAUUUCCAGGAAAAAGAGGGCUUAGUGAAAGAUCAGUAAGAAGAUUUUGCUGUGAGAAUGACAUACACUCACAACAACGCGUAUCUAAUCAUGAUUUGGAACAGUGUGCAAGGACAGUUGUCGCAAAGGUAAGAGACUACUAGGGCCUGUUUAUAUGAUCUCGCCUAGUGUUUAUAUGGACAAAAUACAUUGCCGGUGUCCCAGGAUUUUCUUUAUUCCAAAUGUUUGCCACUUUAUAACUAGUCCUGGAGACAACACGGAUGGCAACCUUGCAAGCCAGGGUCCUCUAUGCAGAUGGAUGCAUUGACUAUCUGACUGGCAUGUCACCAGACGAGCCCAUACUCUCUUUUCAUACAAACUGGUUAACAUGCCAGUGUAUAAUUAUGAUGCUGCUAAGAAGCCUUAUUGCCUUAAGGGACUAGGCUGUCUGAAGCAGCCCAUUGUCACCCUGAAAUACUGGUCAUGAACUCUGAACCAUGGUAUUCUGUACUGUAGUGUACAAAUGUAUAACUGUGCAGUCAGGGGCAUAACUUGAGGGGUGUAUGGGGGGAGUUUUUGGCAGGGCAAUUCUGCCAGACACCCCGCUAAUUAAAAGGGACUAGUUUUGCCCCUGUGUGCAAUAAUUAAAUAAAUACUGAACUAUGUCUUCACUAUAUCUAAAAGGUUAUUUCUUCAGCAGUGAUAUUGGCAGUACAGUCUGCAAAAUGGAAUUUUAUCUGUUCUCUAAUUCUGAGUUCUCCACUCAACUUGCAUUGAUGCAUUCAUUUUGCUAACUUUUUGAAUAAAAAGAUUAAAUCUACUGUUGCCAACAGUUGAGACUGAGGUAUGCAUGUUUUCUGGAAUGAGCUGUUUUACCCUUUUAUUUUAGGUUGGGCCAGCAUGGGGCUGGAAAAUGGUGAAGGGCUAUAUGAAGAGCAUUGGCGUUACAGCCAGUGAAAAGUGCAUUGGUAGAGCUUUGUCUGUAGUGUCUCCCAUAUAUCAAGCCAAACGAAAUGCCAAUACAGCGAGACAAGUCAAUCCAGUGCCUUAUAAUGCUGAGUAUUUUGGUCACAAAAUACAUUUAGAUCAAAAUGAAAAAUUGGCAAUGUAUGGGUUAACAGAGGUCUGUGCAGUUGAUGGUUUCAGUGGUAAAAUUGUAGCUUUUGCAACAAUGCCAGUCAAAAAUAAUGUUCUCAUUUAUGAACAUAUUUACAGGUGA